AUGUCGGAAAGCACGGGGAUCCCUCAGGGCUCCCCGGCGGUGGGCGCGGCAGGCUCGGCUCCGGCUGCUCCAGGAGUCGGUGGAACCGAGUGUUCGGGCGCUGCUGUCGGUUCUGCACGUAUCGCCGUCAAGAAGGCGCAGCUCCGCUCCUCCCCGCGUCCGAAGAAACUGGAGAAACUCGGCGUUUAUUCCUCGUGCAAGGCUGAAGGAGCUUGUAAGUGUAAUGGCUGGAAGAGUCAAAACCCUCCCCCUACUCCGCCUCCUCCAACCCCACCCAGGGCUGAGCAACCAACCGCUGUCAGCCUAAUGGAGCCAUGCAGAAGCUGCAGCCACGCCCUCGGUGACCAUGUGACGCACCUGGAGAAUGUGUCAGAAGAGGAGAUGAACAGACUGCUUGGGAUUGUACUGGAUGUGGAGUACUUGUACACGUGUGUCCAUAAAGAGGAGGAUCCUGACACUAAACAAGUUUACUUCUCUCUCUUCAAACUGCUAAGGAAAUGCAUCCUGCAGAUGGGAAGGCCAGUGGUGGAGGCUCUGGAAAGCCCGCCUUUUGAAAAACCAAGCAUCGAGCAGGGUGUGAACAACUUUGUGCAGUACAAGUUUAGCCACCUUCCGUCUAAGGAAAGACAAACCAUUGUGGAGCUCGCAAAGAUGUUCCUCAACCAGAUCAACUACUGGCAGCUAGAAACGCCCUCACAAAAAAGACAAAGAGCACCAGAUGAUGAUGUAGCUGGUUAUAAAGUCAAUUACACCAGGUGGCUGUGUUAUUGUAACGUGCCCCAGUUCUGUGACAGUCUCCCAAGGUACGAGGCCACACAGAUUUUUGGACGCAUUUUCCUGCGCUCUGUGUUCACCAUAAUGAGAAAGCAGCUGCUGGAACAGGCCCGCCAGGAGAAAGACAAACUACCACCUGAGAAACGCACACUCAUUCUUACACAUUUCCCCAAGUUUUUGUCUAUGCUGGAGGAAGAGGUUUAUAGUCAUAAUUCGCCCAUCUGGAGUGAAAACUUCAUGAUUGGUUUAUCAGGCGGACAGAUUCCAACAGUGGUUAGUGCUCCACCUGUGAAUCGCUCCCUGUACUACAGCAGCAGUCCAGCACCAGUGGAGCUGGCUGGAGGAGGAAGUGUUAGCCCGGCCCGGAAAACAGCUUCUGUCCUUGAACCCAAUCCAGGUGGAGAAAAGCGAAAGCCAGCUGAGCCAUUAUCUCAUGAGGACAGCAAACGGCCUCGUGUGGUUGGUGACAUUCCUAUGGAAUUAAUUAAUGAAGUCAUGUCUACCAUUACAGACCCUACUGCCAUGCUGGGACCAGAGACCAGUCUUCUCUCAGCUCAUUCAGCACGUGAUGAAGCUGCUCGAUUAGAGGAGAGACGAGGCGUCAUCGAGUUCCACGUCAUUGGAAACUCCCUCAACCAAAAGCCCAAUAAGAAGAUCCUUAUGUGGCUUGUUGGCCUGCAGAACGUCUUCUCACACCAACUGCCUCGCAUGCCUAAAGAAUACAUCACAAGACUCGUCUUUGACCCGAAGCACAAGACCCUCUCUCUGAUCAAAGAUGGCCGUGUCAUUGGGGGAAUCUGCUUCCGGAUGUUUCCUACUCAGGGCUUCACUGAGAUUGUGUUUUGUGCUGUCACCUCCAAUGAGCAAGUGAAGGGUUAUGGGACUCAUCUCAUGAACCAUCUAAAGGAAUAUCACAUCAAGCAUGAAAUCCUCAACUUUCUCACCUAUGCUGAUGAGUACGCCAUUGGCUACUUCAAAAAACAGGGAUUCUCUAAAGACAUUAAAGUGCCGAAGUCAAAGUAUGUGGGCUACAUUAAAGACUAUGAGGGGGCCACACUAAUGGGCUGUGAGCUGAAUCCCUGCAUCCCUUACACUGAGUUCUCGGUCAUCAUCAAGAAACAGAAAGAGAUCAUUAAGAAGCUUAUAGAGCGCAAGCAAGCCCAGAUUCGCAAAGUCUACCCAGGACUGUCCUGUUUCAAGGAGGGAGUUCGGCAGAUUGCCAUCGAGAGCAUUCCAGGAAUCCGUGAGACUGGCUGGAAGCCUUUAGGGAAAAGCAAAGAACUGAAGGAUCCAGAUCAGUUGUACAGCACUUUAAAGAACAUCUUAACACAGGUCAAGUCACAUCCAAAUGCAUGGCCAUUCAUGGAGCCUGUAAAGAAGAAUGAGGCGCCCGGGUAUUACCAAGUCAUCCGCUUCCCUAUGGACCUGAAGACGAUGAGCGAGCGGCUGAAAAGUCGUUACUACACCACGAGGAAGCUGUUCAUGGCCGACAUGCAGAGGAUCUUCACUAACUGUCGAGAAUACAACCCUCCUGAAAGCGAGUACUACAAAUGUGCCAAUCUACUAGAGAAGUUCUUCUACACCAAGAUCAAGGAGGCAGGCCUCAUCGACAAGUAA